AUGAUGGCGGCAGUGAGGCACAACUCCAGUGACCAGACACUUGAUCCAGACGCGUCCGUCCUUGAAUACGCUCGCUUUCACCGCAUCUGCAGAGAUUACGCGCACAGCGAUCCACUCGACCCGCGAUAUCUUCCGCAGGCACCUAUCUUCCUGCUGCAAGACCUGACGGAUCCUCCCGGUUGUUCGCGGUUCCAGCCCAAUGAAGCGCCUGACACUUCGGAGCGUCUUGAGAUAGACGCUGCAGCCGUGAAUGUACUAAAGACAGUAUCGGCGCUUCAGAACCAUCACCCAGUAACAGAAACUUACAGCAAUCCUCGCCUCCUACGGCAUUUGAAAGUCGAAACACCCUUACUGAACACCGAUCAUGAACUUGACUCCAUUCGAUUUAGGAAACGUGGCAAUCUCCGCCUGACGGACGUAAAACUUCCUAUAGAGCUUACGGACGACGAGAAGGACGAAGGGCUCUCUUGGCCCUCGCAGUGUCAUGGCUUCUCGGAACAAUUCUACCGCGAGAUCGAAUCUGACAGGAUUGAGGUUCAGAAGCAGGCACUUCUUUAUCUCCAGUCCGUGGCAAAACAGCCCGCUAGGCCGGACACCCCGGAGCCUGCACCUGCCAAACGCUUAGCUGUCCAGCCCGUUACUCCACCGCUGCUUCCGCUAAGCCCUAAGUUCACUCAUGUUCCUGAUACAGCGUCGUCAUCACCUACCGGACAGCUCCAGUUACUUUCGGGUACUACCGACUCUAUCGCUGCUGAGGCCGAAUCCUUGGAGGGAAAGAUUUUCAAGGAAGAUGGUUUCGAGACAAGUGAUGUACCAGGUCUCAGAUCCUACGUGGAAGAUCCUAUGUUGUGGGGCGAUUCUGGAGAUCUCGAGGUUGACGAACUCGCGCCUUUGCCCAAGUCAAGGCGCCGCGCGGUAGAGCUCAAGGUCGAAGUACCGCUUACGCCUCCUCAGAGCUUCCCGUCGGCGGUUCGGUCACCCGCCAAAGACGCGAAAUCGGUUUCAUUUCCGGAUGAUAUGCUCGAAUACAUCACGUACCCAGCAGAGACUCCGUCCAAGUACGAGAGUGGCAAUAGUGUGCUUGAUUCUGAGAACGACUUUGACGCCUUUUUCGAAGAAGACAUUGGUCCAAUUGCGAAGAAGGCUGAGUGGAGAGCCGAGAACGAGCAAUUACAGGAAGCAGACACUACCAAGCGUGUGGAAGUUCCUCACCUGGAUUUCGAAGAUCCGGUUGCGCCAUGGAAUGCUCUCGGCUUGAGAGCAUCACUAAAGAAAGACGGAAUUUCGACUGAACUGCAGGCACAAGCCAGACUUCUGUCCCGCUGUGCGAGCGAAGACCUGAGGCUUGCUCAGAAGUGGCCUGAAUCAAAGAAACAAGACAUGGAGUUGACCUGGUGGGCUUUUCCGAGAAACAUCUCCAAGGAGGCUGUGAAAGAGACGAUACAAUAUGACGCAGCUCUGGACCAAGUGAUGGGAAGCUCAUCAUCGGCAGAUGUGGACAUUAUCGACAGCGGCUCUUUGGCCUGGAAGCUCGAGGGACUACGCAUUCUCGAUCAACCUGAUGAUGAAGUGGAGGAAAUUUCACCUUGGCACUUUGAGCCUGGUGGUGAUCUCGUGUCACUGUUGCAAAAGAGAAAGCUCGAGAUCGCGGACGACUUGGAAGAUUCUACUUAUCAAACGCAUGAAUCUGUGUCAAAGGAAAAUGCCAUCUAUCAGCCCCAAAAGAAAAAGAGGGUGAAUGAAGAUACUGCUCAUACACCUGCCGCACAAGAAAGCAGUUUCAUGUUUGGCGGAAUGUUCUCGACGUCUAAAUCACUGGAUCAGUUUAUAAAAGUGAGCAGCGGAGUUAUGAGUGUGGAACAACAGCCAAAAGCGCAACACUCUGGCAAAGAAGAACAGCAGAAAUCCUUCAAAGACAAGGCCACCAUACCGGAUGCCACAAAACAGGAAAUUCGAACCGAUCAACCUCCUCCACCAUUCCCAGCUCCUCCAAUCCCCAACGAGCUUCCACGCAAACCGUUCAUCGUCUCAUCCUCCCUCCUCACCCGCCGCCGAGAACUGGUCCGCACGAUCCAAAAGCUCUACCCAGCCGCCUUCCUCGUCGAACGCGACUACACCAAGCCCCACCUCUCAUCAACCACCUCCUCCCACGGCCCGCCACCAUCCGCCGAACCCGACCUCAUCCUCUCCCCAUCAACCGGCCUCCUCCUCACCACCCUCCAGCGCAUCAAGCAACGGCCCCUCCCCGGCCAACAGGCUGCUACCGCCGGCUUCCAAACCGAACUCGCCCAAUGCGCCGCCAAAUUCCCGCAUCUCAUCGUCCUCGUCAGCGCAGCAGCGGCUGCUCCUCCUUCCAGCACCACCACCGCCGCCGCCGCCCCCGACGCCCGCGACUGCGACGCUCUCGCCUCCCUGCACGGCUUCGCUGCCGCGAGCCUGCGCGGACAGGUUACUAUCACCUACGUGCCGGGCGGCAGCGAGGCGGACCUAGCGCGAUGGAUCGCCGGCGCCAUGGCAGCGUACGGGCGGACGUCGGAGGAGCUGGUCGGAGCUGGAUGGAAAAGGGAAGACGCAGGUGACGACGAUGAGGUGCUGAAGGAGGAGGAGGGGACGUGGGAGUUGUUUUUGCGGAAGGCGGGGUUGAAUGCGUUUGCUGCGCAGGUGGUGUUGGCGAGGUUGGGGAAGAGGAAGGGGGAGAGAGAGGAGGGUGGUGGUGAGGGAGGUGGAGCAGGUGGUGGGAUGUACGGGUUGGCGGCGUUUGUGGCGAUGACGCCGGAGGAGAGGAGGAGGGCGUUUGAGGGGGUGGUGGGGAGUAGGGAGUUGUUGGAUAAGGUGGGGAGGAGGGUGGAUGGGAGGUGGGUGACGAUGGGGUCGUAG